CCCCCAUUGUCUUGUCUUUAAGACCCUCGUAUCGUUCCCGCCAUUCCAUUCGGACACUCUUUAUUACAUUCAUUCACUUUCACUCUCAUUGGAAUCAACCCAAUGCCAUGGCUCUCUCCGAAGUCAAACCUCCUCCAAAACCAACACGAAGUCGUGCUUCUUCUAACCCUACUAAAUCAAUUCCUCCAAACAAUGGAGUCAUGAUCAAUGUACACAUCCCACAUUCACUCGCCACAAGGGCACCCGUUCCCAUACCUCGUUCAGCUCAGAAAACAAUUCUAGCAGAGACAGGAGGAUACCUCAGUAGUAUUCCUAUAGCAACUGUAUCAGCCGAAUUGCAGCUGCCGAACGCAGAAUCUAGGUCAGCUACAGGGCCAAUUGAGAGACGAGCAGGAAACCCUCAGGGACCACCUGGCAUUCCUCCAAAACCAACAAGUAGCCACAAUAAAUACACGAACCAAAGUAUUGCCACUACAGCCAACAACAAUAGCAAGAGUAAUAACAAUGGCUCAAGCUCUUCGUUCAAUAAGCAGGAAGUCUCUUCACAGGCUUCAGAAGCACCAAUGCCCCCCCCGAAACCUAAAAGGAUAUCGCUUGCACCCCAACCUAAAGCAAAACCUUUAAGUUUGCAGUCGGUCCCGCUCCUUUCAAAAACCGAAGCCCCUGCACGCUCGUCAACUUCUCUACCAUCUAUACCAACGCCGUCACAUGUUGCACUAUCAUCAUCGACAACAACAACAUCAUCAUCUGCAUCUCCAUCAACGGCCCACAAAAAGAUACCUAGCGCCAAUCAAUCUCAGGAGUCUGUCAAACCUAAAUCUAUCGCGGCGAACAAUGCAUUCGCGAUCGCGUCACAAACACAAGUACAACCACUAACGCCACCAACCCCUCCCGCCAAAAAGCCUAGAUCUCAAGAGUCCUCUUUGAAUGCUCCUUUUAAUCCUAUAGAACCAUUAUCGACUUUGCAGCAGCAGCAAUGGUUGCAGAGCCAAAUGCGGGAGCAACCUUCGUCUCCACCCCCACAUAUGUCCAAGUCGCACCCCAAUGUUGGUUCAGAGUCAUUGGCUACACCAACUACAUCUGAAAGACAAUUUGAUAGUGCAACAGGAACCAACCCAACAUUGAUCGGCGCACGAUCGAGACUUAGAUCUGUAUCGGAUGCCAAGGCAUCUACAUCCCUGACUAUGGCGGUUUCACAAUCAAGCAGAUCACCAACAACACAAACCACAUUAUUUGAUAAUGAUGGAUUUGGGCUCUUGAAUAACAAAGGAUGUACUAGCGCUCCUCUAGUUUCACCAACCUACCUGCCUCCACAUUCUGGAAGGAAUGGCACAUACCCAUAUGCGGAUAUAGUGGACGACGGAUCCUCAGGAACAGCUGCAUCAGAAAAGCUAGCUGCAUCUUUACAUAAAAUACAAGCAUUAGCCCAGGGACAGACAGAGCGCAUGAAACAGAUCAAUUAUGCAGAAAAGAAGGCAGAUUUAGCUGAAGCUGUAUAUGAAAAAAGCUCACUUUGGCGAGCACGGGGGGCAGAAUGGGGCGGGAUUGCUAAAAAAGUAUGGGAAGAUCGUGGUGGCAUGGGAGGCAUUGCUGGGGGAUUUGCAGACCGCUGGAAGCGACGAGUCGAUGGAGCCAAUGAUGGAACACCAGACUAUCCUGGUCCUGGUCCAGCGGCGCAGAUUUUCGGCAUCCCAUUAGAGGAAGCUGUUCGACUCUCAAAGAUAUCGGCAUCCACAGGAGUACCAGCAGUUGUGACACGAUGCAUAGAGUAUUUAGAUGUCAUGGGUGUUGAGGAGGUAGGACUCUAUCGCGUGCCUGGAAGUACCUCGAACGUGGCUCGGCUCAAGACUAUGUUCGAUAGCGGCCACGACUACGACUUUUUACAAAAGGGCAAUCAGCCUCAGCAUCCCCAUGAUGUUGCGACUUUGCUCAAGCUUUACCUACGUGAAUUGCCCUCUCCUAUUAUACCACUAGACGCAAUGUCUGCCUUCAACAACAUUGACUUUUCAGAUCAGGACCAAUCACGAUCUAUUGGAAAGCUGAGAGAGAACCUUCGCCUCUUACCUUUAGAAAACUAUCUACUUAUGGGAACACUCUGCCGUCACCUUUCUAAUCUUGCGGACUAUGAUCAUCAUACCAAGAUGAACAUUUCAAACUUGGGUCUCAUUUUUUGUCCGACCCUUCAGAUUGGCUCUGUUCUUUUCAAACAUCUGCUGGGAGGCGAUGGCAAUGAAGAAGAGCGUCGCAAAUGUCUUUUAGCGGUUUGGGCUGAUCUGGAGAUACGACAUGAAGAAAUGGAGAAUCUGGAAAUGAUCAAGAAUUUUGAGAUGGGGCUCCAGAUUGGGAGAGACGAGGCUAGUGCUACUUCAGGUGCUGUUCUUCAGGAGGAUAGGAAGAGUCAAGAGCUUGAGCGACAGAGUUGGGAACAAGUCGAUCACAAUCCUGUCGAUUUGACUCAAUCUUUGCCUCAGUCUCAACCUCCAGUUACCAGUCAACAACAAUCUCACCAGAAUCCUUCCGUACCUCGCUCUUCUAGUCAUGACAGCUCUGGGUCGGGGUCUCGGAUGGGAGGAGUUUUUGACUCUUUUAUGCCAGCUCCAGUAGUAGAGUCAAGUGAGCCAAUCAUGGAUCUUUACGACGAACUCAUGACUAGAGAGCUGACUGAGGCUACCAAUACACCGCUAAUCGAUCUGGACUUUAAUGAUAACAAUGAUUUACAGUCAAUGCAAGAAGAAAAUGUUAGUCAAGGUGAUCAAUGGCGGAGGCAUGCUCGGGAGCCAGCCAUUAAUCGCCGCCAACGUUCUCCUAGCCCAUUACCACUAGGUGUUACAAGACAUGAAAGGUUUCCAGCCGUAUCGAUACGCAACUAUUAAGCACAAUUCAUAAAAGUUGUCAAGAAAACUCUGCGAUGGAAACAUUCAUUCUUGUUUUAUUUAUUAGUGUUUAUUACUAUUAUAGUAGCGAGAAAGCGA